AUUUCUUGUGUUAUUUCGUUACAUAUAUUUUCCCGUUCUGUUUAUACUAAAUGUAUUUCUUAAUUGUUUUCGUUACAGACUUCUGUGGUUGUUGUUGGUGCUACUCUGCUUGGGUUUAAUGUCUUACCAAAUCAUUGACCGUAUAAUCUACUACUACAGCUGGCCAGUCACCGUGAACGUCGACAUCAACUACAACAAAACAUUAAUCUUCCCCUCUGUAACAAUAUGCAAUCAAAAUGCUUUCCGAGCGACUAAAGCCGCAGAACUUCAACGGUAUCGGUUACUGGAAUAUAUUUACAAUAACGUGAGAUAUGUAGACUCAUCAGAACUGGAGAGAUUUGGUUAUAACAACAUAACGAUGGAGGAGCUGUUCAAAUCUGUUGCACACCAGAAAGAAGAUAUGAUCAUAUCAUGCAUGUGGGGAUCAGAACCAUGUACUUUCAAGAACUUUGAACAAAUUUAUACGGACCACGGCGUAUGCUACACUUACAGCCAACUACAAGCCGGAAACAAAUACCGGAAAGCACUUUCAACAGGAGCUGAAAACGGUUUACGUCUAAUCUUGAAUGUUGAGCAAUAUGAAUAUAUGCCGGGACCUAACAAUGCUGCGGGUAUCAAAAUAUUGAUGCACAACGAAGACGAGUUCCCCAAAGUCCGUGAACUUGGUUUGGCAACCCCAACCGGAGCGCAUGCGUUUGUGGGUUUGAAAAUAAUUUCUUUGAGCAACCUUCCUAAACCGAGAGGGCUUUGCAGUACACGCGACUUAAAAUAUUUCUCAAUGUACACCCCAGAAAAUUGUGAAAUUGACUGUUUCACGACGAGACUAAAUGAGAGAUGCAACUGCAGGCUUUUUUACAUGCCUCAUAAAAAUGAUUACCCGCCUGUCUGUACUCUAAAGCAACAACAGGACUGUUAUCUACCGAAUAAAGCUGAAAUAUUGGAUCUUGUACGCAAAACGUGCGUUUGUCCAGUUCCGUGCAAAUCUUUACUGUUUGAGCCAACAGUCUCUUAUGCCACGACAUCGACUUACGCCGUUCAGUCUCUCAUGAAUCGCAUCUUGAGUACCGGCGUCAAAGAAAAAUUCAUUCGAGCCAGAGAAGUCACCAACCGCAUGCAACUCAAAGUCUUCAACAGAACAAGGGAUUUGUUAAUCAACCUUGAAAACAGUUUUCGCCCAAUUAAAGCUUUCUUCGAUGUCGAUCUCUCCAAUCGUAUCAACAGCCAAAUUGAAAUCAUUAGCAAUUUGUAUAACAUCACUAAAGAACAAUGGGCGCUAAAACAGGAUCUGAAUAAAUACCAGAUAUACGUCACCGAGAAAAAUUUCAUUCGUGGAAGGGAAGCCAUGGAAGAAAGGACACUGAAAUAUUUGGGCUUCGAUUUUAUCAGUUUCGUUUUUCGAAUGGAUGAACAGAUUAGAAGUCUCGUCGACCCAGAAAUUAUUACAAAAAACCUUAAAGACAUGAUCUACUUUCUAAUUAAUAGGGAUUGUAAGGAACACCUUCAGAAAAAUAUGAAAGCUCUUGGAAACUACACUGAAUUAUACGAUUCUUUAACGAAUGGAAUACCAAUUUUCAGAUAUAAUAUAAGAAAAUUC